GAGCUUUUCCACCUCAAAAGCCUAGUCACCGGACCUCCGGAGCCGAAAAUGCUGUUUGCCGUCGCCAUACUGACCCUCCUGAUAGGAGCGACCCAGGGCCGGCAAGUAACCCUCACGGAGCUGGAUAACAACCCCGGAGUCCUGCCAUUUAAACUGGGCACCGCUAAGAUUCAGAUGACUGAACAUGUGUUUUUACACUACUAUGAACUAAAUAGUAUUAAGGAUAGUAUUAGUAAUAUAGAGAACUAUAUAGGUAGUUACUUAGAUUAUAUGAAAUCUGCCGACCCCCUUUAUUUUAGAGAUACCUCAGUGACGACCACCCAGAUUUUCUUGAACGACCUCAACACCAUUUAUGGUAAAUUCAAUGCCUUGUACGCGAUUCACCCUAAGCAAAAACGCGGCCUUUUUAACGGUUUGGGUACUGUCAUAAAAAGCAUUACUGGAAAUUUGGAUCACGACGAUGCACGUCAUUAUAACCAAGCCAUACAAACAUUACAGGAAAAUCAAAAUCUAAUUGGAAAUAAAUUGAAUUCUGGAAUUAGCAUUAAUAAACAAAUGUUAGAAUCAUUCAAUAACACGUUGUUAGCUAUGAUCUCUAACGAAAAUAAAAUUCAUGUUGCCUUGAACGAAAUCAUAAUUACUAUUAUGACAUCAUUACUUGUGGUUCCUUUUAUGCAGAGAAUAGAGUCGUAUUUGCAUUGAAAUUUCCUGUAAUGUACAAGAAUACAUACACCUACUACCAUCUAUUUCCCACUCCGACUUAUAAUUCGACCAUUCUGAUCCCUCCUAAACCUUAUAUGGCAAUGAACGACGAGAAACACCAGUACAUGGAACAAGAAUGUAAACGUUUCCAAGAAACAUAUUACUGUGAAGAAACCUUUU